AUGACGAUUGAUAACAGAACAUUGUACAAUACGAGUGCUGACCAGCGGAAUAUCACUGCAUAUUCCAGCCCAGAUUUCAUUCAUCCAUUCAGUUAUCUACAUAUCAAGAUUAUCUUUAUCAUUCUGUAUGGUGUAGUGUUUACUGGUUGUUUUAUAGGAAAUAUUGGUAUAAUAUUGCUUAUUAUCAAAAAUAAAGCUCUGAGAACCAGAACGAACUUUUUUCUAGCCAACUUAGCUGUAGCAGACUUUUGUGUUGGAAUAUUCUGUGUCUUACCAAAUCUGUCUACAUUUUUAUCUCCAGCAUGGGUUUUAGGAAAGGUAAUGUGUAAGUUGUAUUAUUUUGUACAGGGAAUGAGUUAUACGGCAUCCAUAUUAUUAUUGACAGUCAUAGCAAUAGAACGUUACAUAGCCAUUAUGCAUCCAUUACGAUCGCGUCAUCUUUUUACCUUUGUGCGUCUACAAAUUGCACAAGUGUGUAUCUGGCUACUCGCUUGCUGUUACAAUAUUCCACACUUACUAGUGUUUGAUACCGUGGACAUUAUAACCUCCAAAGGUGAACAAAUGUCUUUUUGUUUUGUGAAUUUGUCGGAUAAAGAUAUGAGAACGUUAUCAACUGUUAAUUUUGUGUUAUGGUACAUCAUACCGUUAGUUAGUAUGAUUAUAAUGUACACACGGAUUUCUAUAACGUUAUGGAGAACUAGCCAUUCUCAAUCUGAAAUACGUCCAACAUUUGUUUUAUACCAGAAAAAUAGAAAUGUUAAAGGCAGUCAAAUGAAAAAAUUGUUGUGUGUUAAAGUUCAUGAGCCAACCGAUGGUGAUGAUAACUAUAAACAUAAUAUGAAAUUUGAUAUGUCCAAUAGGGACACGUCGUCAUCAGGAAGCGGUUUAACUGCCCGUAGGAAGGUCAUAAGGCUGCUUAUGAUACUGUUAAUUACCUUUGCCUUCUGUGUCCUGCCAAAUCAUCUACGAGUUUUAUUACACUAUUGGCACAUUGACCCUCCCCAAUCUGCGGGUAUUGGACUCUUGCCACCUGUAUCUUAUCUUUUGUUGUAUCUCAAUAGUGCUUUAAAUCCAGGUCUAUAUUGGGUGUUCUCUGAAAGUUUCAGGCGAAGCUUGCGCGAAACGUUUACGUGUCGCCGUCGUAAGAGACGCUAG